GUUCGUCGUCACCAAUAUUCUGUACAAGUGAACUCAGAAGAGAUUACCACAGAGGUCAGCGGGCACUCCGUGCACGCACGUCGUUAGAAGCACACGUCUAUCACAUUAACAAAAAUGGCACUAAGCUGUGUAGUAAGGGCCGUCGCACGCGCACACCGCACCUCUCUUGUCUCCUGCUGUCGUAGAGCACACACACUGCAACAUAAAGGGCGGUUAUACACCAAGAAACAUGAGUGGGUGUCAGUGGACGGUGGUAUUGGAACAGUUGGCAUUUCAGACUAUGCUCAAGAAGCCCUAGGCGAGGUGGUGUUCGCGCAGCUCCCAGAAGUGGGCAAGGAGAUCAGAGCUGGUGAGGAGUGUGGAGCCCUCGAGAGCGUGAAGGCGGCUGGGGAAGUGUACUCGCCUGUGUCUGGAUUAGUAACAGAAAAGAACGACGCCGUGGAGUCGAGCCCGGCACUUAUCAACAAAGACUGCUACAGCGAGGGCUGGCUGUUCCGGGUGAAGCUGUCCACGCCGGAGGAGCUGCAGCAGCUCAUGGACCAGACCUCCUACGACUCCUACCUCAAGGACCUGCACUGAUCGUGGCAGGACUGUAGGGACGAUAGAUAUUGUUUAUUUGUAAGGCGAGGUGGUUGUGUACAUAGGGUGAUUGUGACGGUCAUAUAACUUGUUAUUGCAGUUUCUAGAAAUACGAUUCUUCCUAAUUAAUAGAUAUGGCUGUGUUUUAACAAAUUUUAAUAACUAAAUAUUGUAUAAAACAUUCUGUUUUAUCUAGUGUAGAAAUCUUUUUAAUUAAUUUCAAUGUUAGAAAAUAAUCUGCACUGUUGUAUAUGACUACCGUAAUGUAAGUAAAAAUAAAAUAGAAUUAUUUAA